CUGGAGACGGCCCGUGAGCACCGCGCCCCCGAGGCCCCUGUCCUGGCACCCUGCAGCCCUGACGCCGGCCCCAUCGUGGGUCUGGGUGACGAUGCCUUCCCACUGGCCUUCCACUACAGCCCCUGGCAGCCACAGCCUGUUAAGCCCCAAUGCCAGCUACCCGCCCACCCCGCUGGCCACCCCUCCGAGCCAGGCAGCAAGUACUCGCUGGCGUCCCGGACAGGGGUCAGGGCAGAGGCAGAGGGGGCAGCGGUGCCCUGGAGUACGUCCCCAAGGCCGUGAGCCAGCCCCGGCGGCACAAUCGCCCCAUUCCCAGCGGCAAGUACGUGGUGGCCAACUCCCGGCCAUCCACAGACCUGGAGUAUGACCCGCUCUCCAACUACUCUGCCCGGCACCCCAGCAGGGCCAGCUCCUGGGAUGAGCAUGCUGCCAAGCGGCCCCGGGGACCCCACGGCAGCGAGCCCUACACGCCUGCCCCCAAGAAGCCCUGCGACCCUUUUGGCGGUUUUGAUGCAAUGUUCUCAGACUCGGAAGAUGAGGCCACCAUGGUGUCUGGUGACGAGCCCACCACGGCCAGCACUCCCAAAGCCAGGGCUGACCCUGAGAGCAAGGCCUCUGGGCAGCCACCCUCCAAAGAGAGCCUGGAGGCCGAGGGGGGCAGCCUGCGUGAGACCAAGGAGACUGCAGUGCAGUGCGAUGUGGGGGACCGCCAGCCAACGCCAGCCAACCCCGGCCAAGCCCAGCUCCCCAGCCUAGGCCUUGCAGGAUGGGGGCUGCCCCAAGGAGGAGAAACUCAAGAGGAAGAAAAGCGGGGCCCCACCUGCCCCCAGCUGUAAAGACGGUGCCCAGAGGAAGGU